CGUGUAUAAACAUUCGGUGAGCCAACGCACAUGCUCGUCGUCCCUCGCUAGACUUCCGUUUAAUGACAUUAGAACGAAUUAAUGCAGCCCUUUUAGACGCAAUUAGUGUUUACAGGACAUGUGACAUGUCAAUUACCCGCUUCACGCGCACCACAUGAUUUUAUUUAUGUCUUCUUUCCAUUAAUUUAUAUUAAGUGUAACAGAAAAGUUUGAUCAAGAUUAAAGAUGGAAGAAACGGAGUCUUUAAUCAACCAAGACUACAUACCUAUUGACAAAUAUCAUUUGGUUUAUAUAAUAACUUAUUUGUUAGGGGUUACCACUCUCUUGCCAUGGAACUUUUUUAUCACAGGAGAAAAGUAUUUUCACUUCAAGUUAAGAAACACGACACUGCCCAGCAAUACAUCAUAUGUUACACCAUUGCAACACUACUUUGAAAGUUCCCUUGCAGUUUCAGCAACAAUCGCAAAUGUCCUUUGUAAUAUAAUUGUAGUAAUAAUUGUUAAACGAGUUGGCAUGAAAACCCGCUUUAUUACCUCAUUCGUAUCAAUAAUACUACUGCUUGGGUUGACUGUAAGUUUUGUGAAGGUCAAUACAAACUCUUAUCAAACUGCAUUCUUCGUCAUCGUUCUCUUGACAAUAAUAUUUCUAAGUGGAUCAUCUGCUGUAUUGAAUGCCACAGCCCUUGGUUUCGCCAGUAUAAUGCCAACUAAAUAUAUCAAUGCCUUAAUGGGUGGACAGGCUCUCGGUGGAACUUUUGCUUCUUUGGCAAAUAUCUUGGCAUUGGCUACACUUCAUUCAGUUACAGACAGUGCUCUACUAUACUUCAUAAUUGCCAUCCUAGUCACCAUUUUAACCUUCUUUGGAUACUUCUAUUUCUACAAAUUGGAAUUUUCAAGAUAUUAUAUUUUCAGAGAUGGUAGUUCCUAUAUUUACGAUGUCCACGAAAAUGAUAAAAUAAUCAAUAAACACCCAGGUCAGUCCAGUACCUGGACUGUCUUUUUAAAAAUUUGGAAAUGGGGGUUCGCAGCACUGUUGACUUUUGCUGUAACACUAAGUUGCUUUCCUGCGGCUUCCUCUAGUAUUCAACCAAUCAAUGACCUCGGCUGGUUCAAACGUUUCUAUAGCCCAGUUGUGAAUUUUUUUGUAUUCAACGUGACAGAUUUGUUAGGACGAAUCAUUGCAGGCAAAACUUGUUUUUUGUUCAAACCAAAAUCUUCAAUGCUGUUCCUGACUACUGCACUGCUGCGCAUAGUGUUCAUCCCACUGAUAAUGUUGUGCAAUGUGCAACCACGUGAACACAUGACUGUGUUGUUUGACAAUGACUAUGCUGCCGGAAUAAUCAUAUUCUUCCUUGGACUUAGCAAUGGUUUCAUUAGCAACACAAGUAUGAUGCUUGCACCACGUUUGGUUGAGAAUCAUGAAGCAGAACAGACAGGCACCGUAUUAUCAUUAUUUGUCACAAUUGGUCUUGCAAUAGGCUCAUGUUUUUCAGUUUUAGUUAUCAAAUUGGUAUAACGAUUUUAAUCAAUAUUUUUUUAUAGAUUAGUUAUUUAAAAAACAAAACAAAAUAAUUUCAUAAUCAAACAUUCAAUUUUUAUAAAAACAUCGUUAUGCUUUAAUACUUAAUAUUCGAAAAGGUUGCUGGCAAUUGUAGUCGGUUUUAUUCUGCAGCUCAUCAAGCACAGGGGACGUUACACACAGCCCCGAGAGAAAAUUUUGCAGCAGCUGUAGCAUAAGGUUGAUAUAGACUUUUAUCUGUGUGUGGUAUUGAAUAAUGAGAAUGAGUGCUCAACAUUGCAUUGGUGGAUAAAUAUCCUUUAUUGGCAGAAUAACAUGUGGAUGAGUAGCAACAUUCCCACAUGGAUUGCUUGAAAACUGUGGAGACCUAUCCACAUGGAAUCAUUAAUUGUCUUGUUAAUCCAUAAAUGAAGUAUUAUUCCGUUGGAUGUGUAAUGUCAAUGUGAAUACCUGUCAGAGUGUAAGUAUCUUGAUAGAAAAGCUGAACAUUAGAAGCAUCAGUUGUGGUGUGCAAGAGAGACGAUUGCGCUGGUAUGGACAUGUGGUGAGAAUGGAUGAGGAUAGCUGCGUGAAAAAGUGCCACACCCUAACAGUUGAGGGAACCCGUGGAAGAGGUAGGCCCAGGAAGACCUGGGCUGAGGUGGUGAGGCAAGACCUUCGUACAUUGGGCCUCACCGAGGCGAUGACUACUGACCGAGACCUUUGGAAAUGUGCUGUGCGUGAGAAGACCCGGCAAGCCAAGCAAGAUCGUUGCCAGUGCCCCUGGACUGGCUCUUGUGCGGGUGGCACAUGAGAUGCACCAUUUUGAGCGUGGCCGUUACCAGUACCGCCUGACUGGCUCCCGUAGGAUUUUCGAGUGAGAUCGUUGCCAGUGCCCCUGAACUGGCUUGUGUGCACAUAAAAGACACCAUUUCGAGCGUGGCCGUUUUCGUGCGGGUGACACGUAAAAGCACCCACUACACUCUCUGAGUGGUUGGCGUUAGGAAGGGCAUCCAGCUGUAGAAACUCUGCCAAAUUAGAUUGGAGCCUGGUGUUGCCAUCCGGUUUCACCAGUCCUCAGUCAAAUCGUCCAACCCAUGCUAGCAUGGAAAGCGGACGUUAAAUGAUGAUGAUGAUGAUGAUGAUAUAUAUACACACACACACAAUUGAGUGGACAAACGAAAGAAAGUGACAACACAUGUAGUAAGAUUUACCAAUGUUAUUAAAACCAGUUUGAUUCAGCCCCAUGUAACUUAAAGUUUUGUAGGCUUGUUACAGAAACCUAGCUUGUUGGGCUGAGGCAGCUGGAUGGAAGGAUGUAGGAAACCCAAGAUGGCUGUUGGAACCCCCCCCCCUCCAAGCUGCUAUUGAUUCAGGUAAGCCACUUGUUGUUGUUGGAAUUACAGUGAUAUCAAAUCCAUCUGAAUGUCUUGCCUUUGAAUUUCAUCCAGACUGUUAGACACCUCUAAUUUCCUGUCCAGCCAAGCGAUCCAAGGAAUUCAGGUGGAUUUGAUGUUGCUGCAAUUCCAACAAUACCAUAUGACCCACCUUGACCAAUCACAGCCCAGGUUCCUGUACCAAGCACCUAUGAAACUUUACGUUGCAUGGGGCCAAAUCAAAUUGCUUUUAAAUUAUAUCAGUGCUUGCUUGUAUAUAUUUAUGUAUCUGUGUAUGUGUUAAGCUUUUAUAAGGGAAAGGUUGACUGUAACUUUGAAGUUUCGCCUUGCUUGCAUUCAACAGUCUGACGAAGGCAAACAAGUUAAAACUUCAAAUUCAUUGUCAACAUUUUCCUUGUAAAAAUUUCAGAAAAACGUACUCUACUAAAAUGUAUUCAGUAAUCCUUUAGUUUAACGUUAAACUGUUUUUAUAUGUAACUUGACACAGAAACAAACAUUAAUAUAUAUGCAUACAUACAGGUGUGUGUAUGUAUACAUGUAUGUAUGUAGAAACCAUUUUAAAUUUGUUUAAAAAGUUUUUCAUUCUUACUCCAAACACUCAUGAAAUAUAAAUGUGGUAAAUACCCAUGAAAUUUUAAGUAACAUGGAGCUGAGUGAAACUAAUUAAAUAAAUGUCAAUCAAUUGUGUUGAAUGCUACUUCCUUUCAUUUGUUCACUCAUUUAUAUAUACAGACAUACGUAUAAUAUAUAAUCUCUUACUAUUUACAUAUAUAUACACACACAUACAUGCAUACGUAUUUGUGUAUGUGUGUGAACAAUGAUCAUGGUAAGAUGUGUGUGUAUAUAUUUAUCAUCAUUAUUACAAAAACGUUCUACUUUUCCAUAUUUGCAUGGGUGAGAUGGAUUUUCUACAUCUGGAUGCCUUUUCUGUCACCAACCUUCACUUGUUUCCAAGCAAUGUAAUAUUUCACAAUGACCGGACAUGUUUUCAUAGAAGCAUUGAAAAUAAGGAUACCAUUUGCAUGAGAGUGAUGCUUGUUCACAAAUAUUCCGUGGAGACACUCAGCCCGCAACACAUACACAUGCCUGGUGGUAUUCUUUCAGUUUUUCUCUACCAAAUCCACUCAUAGCCUCAGUCUGUAGUAAGAGACAUUUGUCCAAAGUGCCAUGCAGUGGAACUGAACCCAUAUCAUUAAGAAGCAAACUCCUUACCACACAGCCAUGCCUACACUUAUAAAAUUACACACACACACAUACUCAUGAUGAGGAUAUAUGUGUGUGUAUUUAUAGAUGUAUACAUAUACACAUGUGUGUAGGUAUAUAUGCAUAUACAUGUGUAUGUGUGUGAGCCCAUACACAUCCUAGUACCAGUCUGAAUUCAAACUUUUGACCAUGUAUUUCUUAUAAAAAGUACUUUUUACAUAAAUCAUAUUUUCUCAAAAACACUUUGUCUUUUGCAUGAUUCUUUUAAGAAAUCCAUUCAAAUAUGUUUCAAAUAUCAUUUUUUGUAAAAUAUAUUUUAAAUAAAAAUAAUUUUUAUCAA